AUGGGUGACUGUGCUCAGAAAACGCUACAAGUCGCCGUCCUCGCCUGCGUGGCUGUCGUCGCUCUGUGCGACAAGGCCCCAGUCCUCGCCCCUCGUCCCCCAGUCUACACUUCUAGACCUGCCUACCACGCCCCUGAACCCGCCUACCACGCCCCCGAGCCUACCUACCACACCCCUGAUUCUGCCUAUCACGCCCAUGCCCACUACGAACCAGAAUACCCUGAUGUGACUAUUGUCCCCCCGAAGUACAAGUACAACUACGGCGUCGCCGACAGCUACUCCGGCGCCAACUUCGCCGCCUCGGAGUCCCACGACGGAUACAACACCGAGGGCAGCUACACCGUCGACCUCCCCGACGGCCGCAAGCAGAUCGUCAAGUACGUGGACAACGGCGACGGUUAUGUAGCUGAGGUCACCUACGAGGGCGAGGCUCAGUGCCCCGAGCACACGUCCACCUACAAGCCCGCUCCCCCCGCCUAUGCUUAA